AUGGCUGAUGAGGAAGAUAUUAUUCCCAGCUCUCCUCCGCCGAUGGAUGAGGUGGAUUUUCUUGAUCCUCCCGUCGUUUCUGAGAGAAUCCAUAGAGGCAAUAACCGCGUCAGACGUGCUUUGCGCCAUCGCACUGCCCCUGCAGAUGCAGGUACUGUUGAACAGGCAAGUGCUCCCCUUGUUUCACGCCGAAGAACACGAAACUCCCAUGGCCGGAUUCCGGUUGAGGACGAGAUCGGCUUCGAGGCAGCCAUGGAGCAAGCUGUAGCAGCAUCCCUCAAGGAAAACCACCCCAAGCCAAGCGAGUUCACAACCACCAGUACAGAGGUACCCAACCAGGGGAGCAAGGACAAAGCGUCCCCAGCCAAGGUUAAGACCAUGCCGAGUCAGCUCAGGGCCACUGCUAGAACAGAUGAGACUGAGGAUGGCAGCCACCACGAACCAGCGCCAAUGAAAGAAGUUGUGGCGCCCCAGAGAAAAGCUUUAAAGCGAAAAGCUGCUGCCGCCGCUUCAGCAUCAUCCGGACUGGCACCAUCCUCCGAAGAGACCAGAGCCAAGAGGCACAAGCCGGCUAUCAACUCAAAGCUGCCAUCGUCGUCGAAUGCGGUAAAAUGGGCGAAAAACCCUCAAGAUGACUACACCAAAGCAUUCAAGCUCAAAGAAGCUCGAUAUUUUAAGGCGGGCGCCAGAUCAGAUCACCUACUUCGACAUCCUCCCGGCACCAAAAAUAUAUAUGUUGAUAAGAAGGGCAGACUACGGCUUGGCUCUAACGAUGUUCCUUACCAUUUGUUCACGCAGGACAAGCCUAUUCACCCCAAGAUCAAGCAAGCCAACAUGGAUGGCACUUUGACGGUGGAGAAGCUGAAAUGGUUUAAAGGCAUGCCACACCAUGUCAACAUUCCUGUUGCUGGCAUCCCAUCUGACAAGCCGUACCGAGGCAAGACCACUCGAACGGCCAUUGAGGAACCGACCACCAACAACUCACAGCUUGACAUACCCAAGCCCAUCGACAAGAUGCCGACCACUGAUAACUCUUGGCUUGGCAGAUCCCAGGCCAUUGUCGAGGAGCCAGCCAUGGAUGAGGCCACCGUCGAUGAGCCAAUCAUGGACGACUCCUGGCUUGGCAAACCCGAAGUUUCGGCUUCCAACAUGUUUCGCCUUUUGCAGAUUUACACUCCUACUUUGACCUUUGGACAUUUGUCAUACAUAUUUCAAGCUGCUAAUCUCAUUGAUUUCAAACAGGAGGAUGCAUUCCAUCAGCGACCGUCGAUUAAGAUUCCGAUGCCUGAUCUUUUGAAGGGCCUUCUCGUCGAUGAUUGGGAGAACAUCACCAAGAACAACCAGCUUGUCCCGCUUCCUCACCCCAAACCUGUCACCCUUGUGCUCAACCACUAUCUCGAGUACGAGAAGGCCCACCGCGAAGAGGGUUCCGCUUCGAUCGAUAUCCUCGAGGAGACUGUUGCUGGCCUCAAGGAGUAUUUCGAUAAGUGUUUGGGUCGCAUCCUGCUCUAUAGAUUCGAGCGCCCCCAGUACGCAGAAGUCCGUGAGAAAUGGACGGCGGAGGGUUCAGAGUUCCAUGGCAAGACCCCCUGCGACACUUAUGGUGUCGAGCACUUGAUGCGCUUGUUUACCGCACUUCCUGAGCUCGUCGCCCAGACCAACAUGGAUCAACAGUCUGUGAACCGCCUUCGUGAGGAGCUCCUCAAGUUCUGCCACUGGCUCGAGAAGAAUGCUGGUGAAUACUUCCUGGCAGAGUACGAAGUUCCCAACGCCGAGUAUUCCGACAAGGCCAAGAACUAG